AAGUCGAACAGUGUUUCUGUGGCGCAGAUCCGGGUUUCCGCGCGCGUCUGGUCAUUACUCCGGCGGUCCAGUGGAGCGGGGACUGACUGGGUCCACGCAGCUCGUUGGGAGGUAGUGGGGGGUCUGUCGGGAGGACCCUCCCACCUCACCGAACCUUCUCACGGCCAGUUCCUGAGCACCGGCCCUAACCCGCCCCUCCUCCGCCGCAUUUUCUUUGAAGCUCAGCAAAGAAGGGAAAUCCAUUGAGAACAGUCUGUAAAGUUCUAGAGGCUGGGAACUCCAAGAUCAAGACACUGGCAGAUUCAUUGUCUGGUAUCCCAGGACUGCCUGCUUGCCAAGACCCUCUGUAGAACUCCAUGCACCCUGCUGUUGAGCGCUCUGAGGAGGUAACAGUAUUCAGAGAGAAUUCAAACCGUGAGGAAAUGUCAUUCAGAUUUGGCCAACAUCUCAUCAAGCCCUCUGUGGUGUUUCUCAAAACAGAACUGUCCUUCGCCCUGGUGAACAGGAAACCUGUGGUACCUGGACAUGUCCUCGUGUGUCCCCUCCGGCCAGUGGAGCGCUUCCGAGACCUGCGUCCCAAUGAAGUGGCCGACCUGUUUCAGGCAGCACAGAGAGUCGGGACGGCAGUGGAGAAGCAUUUCCAGGGCACCUCUCUCACCUUUUCCGUGCAGGAUGGCCCCGAAGCCGGACAAACUGUGAAGCACGUUCACAUCCACGUUCUCCCAAGGAAGGCUGGAGACUUUCGCAGGAAUGACAGCAUCUAUGAUGAGCUCCAGAAACAUGACAAAGAGAAGGAGGACUCCCCACCCUCGUGGAGAUCGGAGGAGGAGAUGGCAGCCGAAGCUGCGGCGCUGCGGGGCUACUUUCAGUGACGCAGGUGCUGACAAAACAGACUCGCUCAGCGAUUUAAGUGUUACUCUAAGGUAAAUGGCGAGUAAGUGGGAGAGCUCAGACCUGAACCUAGUUCUACCCCGAAAGCCUUUCCCGUCGUCUCUCACCACCCACCUUUUGCUUGGAAGAGCCCGUGUGUCCAGCCAGCGCUGCCACCCUACCCCAGCCCCCCUGUACCUUCCAAAUCGCCUCUUCAGCCUCUUCACCCGCUCUACUGGCCUCGCCGGCUCCUCGGCGAGGACGUGCCUCCCCUGCUGGGCUUCCUCGCCAACCUGUUCAUCACCCUCCAGCACCUGCCUCCCCAGCAACAGACAACCAGGCUGCAGUGGCGCUGAGCUUGCACCCACUGACUUCCGGACCUGCCGACUCCUGCCCUCUUUUCUCCACCACCCGACCACGUGCCUAGGUCACAUGGCCUUGGGCAUGUGCAGUGUGUUGUGCAAAUUUCAUUUAUUCCCAUUUUGUCAUGAUUUUUCUCAUCUUUGUGCACCACUUACUACUUACCUGAUUCACCUUUAAAAUUUCAGGUUAUCUUAAACUUUAUAUCUUAGCCUCAAUGAGAAACAAGUAUUACUUAUUAUUAGAAGUUAAGCAUAAAAAAGAAACGUGAAAGAAAAACAGUGCGGAUGAAUUCCAGCUCUGCAUAGUUGCUUUUGCCUGUAGCUAUCAGGACUGAGGUUGCUGGUCAUCCUGAGAGAGGUUGGCACCAAACCAAGGCUCUCCAUUUGCCCUAUUCAAAAGGAGAAUUACCUACAGAGGGAUUCAGGGUAGAUCAGCUAAAAUGAUCUUAAACAGGCCAACGAUACCCAUCUUUGGAAAACAGCAGUAGAGGUCAGAAUCCAAAACCUGACCAAGCUGACUCCAGACCCGCUCCAGCCCCUAAGCCAGUGCUCCCCGUGUCUCUCCCCCGGCACAGGGAGAAGCAUGCCGGAGGCCAGAGUGAGCUUCCCUGGGGAUGGGAGGCCGCCAUCGGCUACCUAGAUGAAGGACUCCGGGCAGGAAGCCCCGUACCACACCCCACAGGCACGCUCAGUCUCUGGAUCUGUUUGCCAUUCGUCUACCUUAACAACCAGCGUACUGCCGAGAAGAAUGUGCAGUCUCAUGCCCAGAGAUGCCCUAUCUAGGAAACGGGACUGUAAUAGGCAAAGAGCUGCUCUCUGCCGAAUGCUUGGUAGGGAAGUACCUAGCAACCGCUCAGUAAGUAACCGACCUUGUUCUAUAGCUUCUUUAUGCAUAAACCCAGAUUACUGCUCAGCAUGACAAGACUGCCAGAGGACCACAGAGAUCAACAUUCCCAAACUGGAAACCGUUUCCUCUGCCUCUUGAAGCCGUCCUUUGUUUGGUUCCAGGAAUUCAGCAUUUGCCUUCUGCUUAGGUGAAUUUAUGCAUCGCCUCCCUCUCCUGGGCUGAGUUCCUGGGUAGGGGGUCUUGCCUCCCCCUACUGGGCUGAGUUCCUGGGUAGGGGUUUUGCGAUGGCUCUUUUAGUGUAUGUUAUAAAUCAUAUUAGAUGACAGUGGAUCUGCAUCUCUUAUCUAACCUUGCAUCCUUCCUGGAACAUAGUAGUUUUCUCUAGGUACUUAGUACUUGGGUUUGCUGCUGCUACACACCCUUGUUUAUUAUCACCUCCUGUCCCCACUCCCACCCCAUGUUGUAAAUGAGUGGGCUGUGUUGUUCGUAAAAUACGCAAGCAUCGCUCCUAACUCUGAUAGAAAGGCAGAGUGGAGCAGGUCUCCACACCCUGCUGUGUCAGCAGAGUUCGUUUGUAAUUCAUCAAACUCUCCUCUGUGCGUGCCAUUACUUUAUAGAUAAUUGGUUGCCUCUCAUUUGCUCAUAACACAGCAGUGCAAUUUCAAAGCAACUGAGUCGGCCCAAAACAGCAUUAUCAGUAGCUACAGAUGUACUGUCAAGGCAAAAUUUUGACACCAGAAUUUUUUUUUUUUUUUUUUUUGCGGUACGCGGGCCUCUCACUGUUGUGGCCUCUCCCGCUGCGGAGCACAGGCUCCGGACGCGCAGGCCCAGCGGCCACGGCUCACGGGCCCAGCCGCUCCGCGGCACGUGGGAUCUUCCCGGACCGGUGCACGAACCCGCGUCCCCUGCAUCGGCAGGCGGACUCUCAACCACUGCGCCACCAGGGAAGCCCGACACUAGAAGUUUUGAAAAAAAAUCACCAUAAUUUCAGCCACUGGACCACACAUAACAUAAUCAUGGAUAGUCAAAGUGGACGAGAAAGGACAGGUUUACUUUUUUAGCACACAUUCUGGUCACUGAAUUGUACCUUUUGAAAUCUACCCCAACAGCUUAGAAAAAAAUCUCAGCCUUCUCCAAGAGGGUCUCCUCUCAGCUCAGCAGCCUCCAAUGAGAAAGACCCAAGGAGCAGAGAUCAUCGUAUUCAUGUUUCCUCAGGGAAUAGGAAGAGUUGACUUCAGCUCCUUGGCCAAUUCAGUCCUAAACCCACUAGGUAAUCCUCAUGUCGGGGUGACUUCAAUACCAAGGAAAGUGUUGGCCAGCACUGCUUCAGCCCGUCCCCAGAUUGAUACAAGAUUUUCUUUAGCAUGGAAGUGUAAGAGACGAUCCCUUGCCCUUGUUUAAGGCUAGUGAUACUUUAGUAUGUUCUAAAGCUCUUUAGAUGAAGGAUCCAUCAUCUUAAACAAAGAUAUUUUAGUUUGCUUUUUCUUCCUCUCCUGCCCAUGUUUCUACCGGAUUAUGCUGCCUCUUCCCUCCUUCUGUGUAGACUAUGUUUACAGAACCAAAUUUCAGUAGCAAAAAUUAAAAACUCAGUUAUUUGGAUUAGCUAAAUAUAAAUCAAGCCCCUAUGGCCUAAAUUGGGAAUGAUAAACCACAGAAUCAUAGAGACUUUAGAAAUAAUCAAAUCUAAUGUCCCAUUAAAUGAUUUAUUUUAUCAUAACCCAAAAGAAGAACCAUUUAGUUAUACUUUAAAAACCUCCCUCUAUAAAUAUUCUUUUAGAUAAGUCCACCCCAUGGCUCCAAAAUGGGUUUUUAGUUCUGUUUCAUUAUUUUUAAAAUGCUUUACCAAGAUCCAGCUUUCUCUAAAAUGUCCCUAAUAGUUCAGGCAAAAGAUUUCCCAGGCCAGUAAUGGUUAAAAGAAACUACAGAACUGUUCUGUUGAGAUUUAAUUCGACUGGUGGUAGAAAUGACUAGUGUCCUGUAGUCAAUUUUAACUCUUCUGAAUCUUGGAAAUACAUGAUCCAUCAGCAUGGAGUCUUUUUCAGAAAAGUAUAGUCCAAAUGCCAAAAGUAAUUUUUAAAAGUUUCAAGCUUGGGACUUCCCUGGUGGUCCAGUGGUUAAGAAUCCGUCUUGCAAUGCAGGGGACGCCGGUUCGAUCCCUGGUCAGGGAGCUAAGAUCCCACAUGCCUCAGGGCAACUAAGCCCGCGAGCCACAGCUACAGAGCCCACACACUCUGGAGCCCACGCACCACAACUAGAGAGAAGCCCGUGCGCUGCAAUGAAAGAUCCCGUGUGCCACAACUAAGACCCGAUGCAGCCAAAAAAUUAAUUAACUAAUUAAUUUUUUUUUUAAGUUUCAAGCUUUCCUUGCAUCUUGCAAAAUGAUGAUAAAGCCUAUCAUCACCAUCAUCUUCAUCCUUAUCUCAUCUCCAGAAAUGGAUAAUUUAUCACAUAUCAAUCUGCAUACUCUCAUAUGGCAAAAACCUUCUAGAAAUGUCUACCCACUCCCAAGACUUCUUUUUCUACUUGCUUCUCUCCACUCUUCCACUCUUCUCAUUUUCGUCUUUGUCUCUGCCAGAAAGGAAGGUGGGGGGGAAAAGACCCUCCUAGAGGUCAUGGGCAGUGAAUAUGAAGAAAGGCUAUGAAAAUCCACCUGAAUAAUCUUUGACUCAUCAUUUACUACUAGCUAAUAUUUAUGCAGUUCACUCCAGCCUAUGCCUAACAUGCCCCUCAGCCACCUCUUAUAUAGUAAGUGCUCCAUUAUUUUGACACUCCAGGGGCAUCAAUCAAGUUAUCAUGUGGUCAUGCAACCAAUCAAUUCAGGAUACACUAGCAAAAGCAGCUCUAAAUUGUGCUCCUUCUGGAUUUAAUACUUCUCUGAGGAUCCAGAAGACACUGUAGUUAUCUUCUACUACCUCCAAUUUAUAAUGAAUGGUGGGCCACGGAGCCUGCCAGGGCCCAUCAGCUAUGGCAACGUGUAGAUGCAUUAUGUUCCCUCUGAUUUCUAUUUUAAAGAUAAUAAAUGAUGGAAAUGUUUGAGUAUGAGAAAUUAGUUCAAACAGUAAUUAAAGAACAAAACCUGUAGGGCAGGCUGUUUUGAGACCACCGAAAAAGAAGUGUGACUUCUGCUUCUAACAGACCAAAUAAUUUGAAUCAUCCUACCCACUGUGUUCAACUAGAAAAAUUACACAAGAGUAUAAGAAAACAUCUGUUAAAGGUAAAAAGGUAUCACAAGAGCACAGGGUCAAGAUCCAAGAAAGGACAGAAAUGCAGAGAGAGGAGCCCAGGAUGAAGGGCUGCCUUUCCCCUGAAGGCAUCUAUGAGUCUUAGAGAGGCAAAUGGAGCUAAAGCAAUAAAAGCUGGGGUGCCAAUGGCAGGGCCCUUUCUAAAUCUCCCAUACCUGGAUGGCAAUGUGAAGAUCUGGGAAAGUGAUACCCUUGGAAAAAGAAGGAGCCAGAUGUAAACCAGCCCUGGUAUCAACUGCAGCCCAAUUUCAAAACAUCUGGGCAGCUGAGAAAGUCUCAGUCCCAGAAAUUGAACUAAGGUGAUUCUAAAUUGCUAGUCCCAUUGGGUUCCUGGAAGAAGCAAAGAAAAGAAUAACCUCUGGAAGAAAAUAAAUCCAUUCAAGAUCUUAAAUUAUUUCUGUAAAUAAUUUUUUUUCAAAUAGAAUGCCCAGUACGAGUGUGUAUACAUACACACACAUACACACACUCUGCACAGUAAUAUGAGGAGACAAGUCAAUAUAAACGAGCUUAGAAU